GUCGCGCGCUGUACGACGUGCGCGUGUGUGGGAAACAGACCAGCUAAUUUGCAAGCAGGACGCUGCAGGAGCAAAUCGAGCUCAUGAUCCUGCAGCGUCGCAACCUCGCUCGCUGCUCGAUAUGGUAUUUCGUGCGUCGCUUUCUCGAGCUUCGUGGGCCAGCAGCGUGGGGCACCGCAUCGUUGCUGCAAGCGGACGUAAAAAAAGAAGUGAUUGCAAAGGGGCGACGCCAGGUCCCGCAGCCCAAUUUGAAAAGUCGAGAUGUAGUCAAGUGGGAUGAAGGAGCGUCAAGCGAAAGCCUCCAACGCAAGGUUCAUCCAGGCGACCAACUCAACGCCGGACGCCCCGAUCGUGUGACGGCGACCAAGCCACGGAACAGAUGGCGCUCAAAGGAAGACCGGUGGCUUCGACGACGCAGGCUGCCGCCGAUCAGCCACCUCCUUGAUCACCUCACUCUUCAAUUCUCACAGCCCUCUCCGCCGGAAUCUAGUCCGACUGAGAUACAAAGAGUCGAUCGCCGCGGCCGGCAUCGAUCUCAUUGAAGCGGCGAACGAGGUCGGUGAUAGGUGAGCACCGGGAGGAGCAGGGAGGGAGAAAGAUGUUCCAAAGGUUCUGAGGAAGGCUACGUGGGGAGGUCAUGGCGCGACGCGUGGCUUGAUCGUGGUGGCCGCGUCGAGUCACCACCCUCUGCCUCGGACUCCGUCG